UGAGACCUCCAUAUCCACUACCCAGGAUGUUCGCUCUCGUCUUUCUGGAAGAAAAAAGCUUCUCAAAGUAUGAGGCCUCUUCUCUAGUUUAUACACUAUACUGUAUACAUAAAUAAUAUAAUACAUACAUAUAUGGAGUGUAUGAUAAUAAUAACAAUAUUACUCGUAAUAUAUAGUGUGAGAAUAGGAUCAAACAUUCAAACGUAGCAGUGGGAGAAUACGGCACUAAAAUAAGGUUUGCUGCUUCUUAUCUCAUUCAUUCAUUCUUCUCUUCCUCAUCAAUUUCCACUUCAAAAUUGAGGUAUUCUAGUUGUUCUUUGAUUGGGAUUCGGCAUUAAAAAUCAUGUUUUGUGAUCGGGAUGUUUUCUGCAGGAAAUAUUUGUUCUGUUUAAAUGGUUUAUCAGAUUCUGGGGAUAAGGAUUUUAUCAUUCUUGGAUUCAUAGGAGAGCAACUUUUUUCAAAAUUUAUAUCCUAUAAUGGGGUCUGUUCCGGCAGAGAGAAAAUUCAAGACACCAUUAGGAAUACAGUUGUUUAAGUGCCUAAAGAAGUCGCACAUCUCAUACCAAACAUAUCAAGCCAUUGUUCUAAUAGUAACGUUUCUGGCAUACGCCGCAUACCAUGCUACUAGAAAAACUACCAGCAUUGUCAAAAGUGCUCUUGAUCCCAAAUCAUCCGAUUUAGGCAUGAAAUCCCCACGGCUAAGAUGGGCGCUUGGGAAUGGUUGGUUUCCUUUUAACAGUAAAGAUGGAACGGAAUUGCUAGGGGAACUUGAUGUGGCAUUCCUCUUUGUAUAUGCACUAGGGAUGUAUUUCUCAGGGCACGUAGGUGAUAGGAUGAACCUUAGGAUAUUCUUAACAACAGGAAUGGUCGGAACUGGUCUGUUCACUGGACUUUUCGGCUUUGGGUAUUGGGCGAAUAUCCAUAACUUCUAUUACUAUUUGACUGUCCAAAUGCUGGCCGGGUUGUUCCAAUCCACGGGCUGGCCUUCGGUGGUUGCGGUUGUUGGAAAUUGGUUUGGGAAGAAGAAGAGAGGGCUUAUAAUGGGGAUUUGGAAUGCUCACACGUCAAUCGGGAACAUAACUGGGUCAUUGAUUGCAUCCGUUUUGUUGAAGUUCGGAUGGGGUUGGUCAUUGGUUAUUCCUGGGAUAUCUAUCACCUUCACUGGCUUACUUGUGUUUCUGUUAUUGCCCGUGGACCCCGAAUCGGUUGGGGCUAGUGAAGAUGAAGACAAUAUCCACUCCCUUGAAAAGGAAGAGAUGAAAGUAACACUUCAACCUCUUCUGAGAUCAGAUGAAGUGGAAAACGAAUCUGCUGUAGGUUUUGUUGAAGCUUGGAAGAUCCCAGGGGUUGCACCUUUCGCCCUUUGCCUCUUCUUUGCAAAAUUGGUGGCCUAUACUUUCCUCUAUUGGCUUCCUUUCUAUAUUAGCCACACAGCUAUCGACGGGAGGUACUUAUCUAACGAGGAAUCGGGAAACUUGUCG